AUGGAUGGGCACGCCCCCGUUCCGUAUUUCCCCCGGAGCGGGUCGAAGGACAACGUCAAUAUCCUCACACAAACGCUGCCAGAGAGACCGACCUCUAUCGGUCCAGUAUGCGACGCCGCACACUCGAAAGUACCCCUCCCCUCGUUCGAUGAGAGUGUGCAUACGCAAAGCUUUGGCGGCCUUUCGGAUGAGGGAGAGGCCAUCGAGCCUUGCCGCCCAGCUCACUUUGAAGAGGGAUAUCUCUUUCCCUACCUAACCCAAAAUGAGCGUUUGAGGUUGACCAUGUUCUGGUACCACACGAGAGGGAUCGAACAGGACGACCAGUUUGUAGCCAAGAUCGACGCCCUCGUCAAAGGCCUGCAACAGGCGAUUGGCUGGGAAUAUGCUAUGGCCGGCAUUAUGAGUGAACACACCUACACGAGACUGGCAACCGCGAACCUACCCUUGGCCAUCCUGCCCCGGAGAGAAAGUACUUGUUCACACACCAUCAAUCAGGCUCCCAAUAGUGUCCUCAUGGUGACUGACAUGUCCAAGGACUGGCGUUUCCAGCGGUCCCCACCCGUUGAGGUGGGUGGUAUAAAGGCCUAUGCUGGCACGCAGCUGCGUCUCAAGGCGGAUGACGGCAACGAGGUCGCCUUGGGGGCAUUAUGCGUUGCAUCCACCAGUCCACAACCACCACUGUCUCAGGACCAGAGAGACUUUCUCGUUCGAUUCGCCGAGUUGAUCAGCUCCUUAAUUUCGAGCUAUGCGCGACAGAGGCGCCUGAAAGAACGGCAACGCAUGUCAGAUAUGCUGUCAGAACUACAGCACAUGGUAGGAGACGAAGACUACGAAGCAUCCGCGAUAGGAUUCAUCCAACAGGCUUAUCCUGAUGCUCAUAUCUCUAUUCAGGUCGCGACAGAUAACCAGCUAUCGGUCCAAGACCGCCCUGGCAUCUCAUUGUCGGCAGUACACCAUGGUUUGUGGGAAGACACCGCACUCAUCGAACAGAUCAUCACCACCUCCAACUUCGAAAGGCUUCGAUCGGACCAGACUGUCCGCGCUAUUGUGGCUCGAUGUAGAAGCUCUGAUACGUUCGUGGUCGUUGCAUCGCGCGAUAUUCAACAUGUUCUCGACGACUUCGAUUCAUGGUUUAUCUCAGAGGCUGCAUCAAUCAUCGCCGACACGCUUCAGAAAAGGGCACUGCAGCGGGCUCUAGACGCCAGGGAGAACUUCCUACGUGGUAUUACGCACCAACUUCGGACACCCAUCCACGGUAUCCUUGGAGCCGCCGAGUUGCUUGCCGAGGAGAUUGCCGCGGGGCGGUCCCCAGACGCGCCCGAUGCACCGGUUGAUAGGGGCAUGAUCUCGACUUCGCCAUUUGCGUGCCUCGCAACCAUAAAGACAUCGGGACAAGAACUCAUUGGAACUGUGAACAACAUUCUCAAGCACAAUCACUGGGUUGACGGACUGCGGCAAUCCCAACCAAGCCCAUACGACCUGAACGACCUGGAAAACGAUGUGAUGCCGGGCAUCCUGUCGCUUGUCCACCCAGAGCACCUGAGGAGCCUGUCGAUCGAGUUUCGUAACGAGCUGGACAGCGCGCACUGCAUAUUGCAAACAGAUGUUCAGCUGUUGAAAGACUGUCUCCAGGCGGUUGUGCUGAACGCUGUUCAAUCGGUUUCAGGGUCCGACGCUGGUUCUGUCACAGUGACCGUCCGCUCCAUCCCCGAUUUCACAGAGCUGCUAUUUGAUGUGGUCGACAAUGGCUGCGGAAUCGACCCAGCACACCACGACCUAAUUUUUCGACCAUAUGAGAAAACUGACCAUAAUAAGCCUGGAGCAGGUCUUGGCCUUACACUUGCAAGUCAAAUCGCUCGCGCACUGAACGGAUCAGUCGAGCUGGUGUCGUCGACGCCUGGAACCGGCACCAACUUCGAGAUCGCAUUCAGAGAUCCCAUCCUUAGUGGAUCGAAUGCUUCAGCUUCUACCAAGGCGAUGGACUUGGAAUAUCUACCUCGCACUUUCAAAGCUAUCCGCAGUGAUGCCGGAUCCAACCACUUCAUCGACCAUACUGCAAGAUAUCUGGAAAGGAAUGGCUUCCAGCGCGAAAGCGACGACAACUUGGAUGUCGGGAUCGUCCUUACCAACCUCUACCCUGCGGAUGCCGCAUCACAGAUCAGGAUCUUCUCUCACCACAAAGCUGUAGUAGUCAGGCAUGUGGUGGACGACUAUGGGUUUGUGCCAGAUAUACCUGGUACAGUCACAAUAUCAGGCCCCCUGCACACUCAAAGGCUUGGUCAGAUGUUGCUCCAGGCAAACAGGUUACGUAAAGAUCUGUUGGACAAUUUGAUACAGCAGCAAACGACUACCAAGGAGUGUGCUGAGCCUGAAGCCGACGCUGGAGAAACCAUGUCGGCACCAGCACCCGACAUUGCCGCACUCAGCCUCGUGGGGGAUGGAGACUAUCGAAACCGGUCACCCAGGGCCCUCCUGGUCGAUGAUAACCUCGUCAACCUUCGUAUACUCCAGAUGUUCUGCCAAAAGCGCAAAAUACCCUACAUCACUGCCAUGAACGGGCACGAGGCGGUCGAGCGUUUCGUGAAAGCUGCUGAAGAUAAGGACGAAGAAGCAAUUACGGUCGUCCUGAUGGAUCUCCAAAUGCCACAUUGCGAUGGUAUACAAGCCACCUCUGCCAUACGGGUGUACGAACAGGAGCACAAUCGCUGUAGGUCGGCGAUCUUCAUGGUAACGGGACAGGACUCGGAGAAAGACAAGUCCGAUUCGCAAAGAGCGGGCGCCGACGAGUAUCUGGUCAAGCCGGUUGGUCCGUCGGUCUUUGAUAAGUUCAUCAGGAAGUACUCUGCUCACAUAUAG